ACAGUAACAGGACGCAGCUGCAGCAGGACUACAGCAGUUCAUGGUCAAACCCCUAAACAGAGACACUUUGUUUUUUUAUCUCCUUUUCCUCCGGCUCCUCCACACACUGAACCCUCCGCCUGUUGCUCACUUUGUCUGUGCGUCUCUUGUGCUGUGUGCUGGGAGCAUGGCUGCCAUCAAAGCGUUGGAGCAAUGGUGUAAAAUCCAAUGUGAAGGUUACCGAGAUGUGGUCAUCACCAACAUGACGACUUCAUUCAGGAGCGGGAUGGCUUUCUGUGCUCUCAUCCACAAGUACAGACCGGACCUGAUAGAUUAUGACUCACUCAGAAUGGAGGAUGUGUUUGAGAACAACAGCUUGGCUUUUCAGGUCGCAGAGGAGAAACUGGGGAUCCCAGCUUUGUUAGAUGCAGAGGACAUGGUGGCUUUAAGGAUCCCAGACAGGCUCAGCAUUCUUACCUAUGUCUCCCAGUACUACAACUACUUCAAAGGACAGCCUCCCAUGGGAGGUGUAAAAAGGCCAGCAGAGGGCUCCAAGGAGGAGCCAUCAGAGAAGAAAAAUCUCCCUGUGGUUGCCAAAAUCUUUGUGUCUAAAACCACCAACAAUCGUUUCUCUCCAACUCGUACAACUCAGACCUCACCUAAGUUGGCCCCAGCUGCUCCUCAGAAGGCAGUUGUGGCAGAAAAUGCCAACAAAAAUGGGACUCUCAACAGCAAAUGUGUUGCUUGCAAGAGUCAUGUUCAUCUGGUUCAAAGGCACUUUGUGGAAGGCAAGCUCUAUCACAGAAGCUGCUUCAAAUGCAGCGAAUGCUCCAGUGUGCUCCAUGCAGGAGGCUACAAACCCAGUAAAGAACCAGACACUUACAUCUGUAACGCCCAUCAGAACAGUUGCAAACAGUCCUCCUCUGAGAUCAAAAACGGGCCCACCAGUUCAUCUGGGCAACUAAAUAGUGCCAGCAAAGCCCAGCCUGCACCACGCCCCUCUUCUGUGCUGACAGCCCCACUAGAUAUUGUUCUGAAGCCAGUCAGUGCCAGUCAACCUACAAAGUCAUGGACAACCUCAGCCCAGCGGACCCAGGCGGCUCGGCAGAGGUUUUUCCAGGCUGCGCUGCCUGCCACAGAGGCCUCAACAGACGACAGGAAGCCUACAGAGCCCUUAAAUGGGUCAGGAGGGCCGAAGGUCUCACUGAGUCCUGAUGAUGAUGAGAAGAGCAGAGCCAGGACACUAACUGGGAAGAAACUAGCAGAGGAAAAUUGCAACAAUAACAACAAACGCCCAUUCACCGUCCGAUCAGCAGAGAGAAGGUUUGGAUAUGAGCCAAGUUCAGCUGACAACCCCAGUCUGAGAAAGGAUAAAUACAGCCAAGGCCCAGCAGGAAACUUGGCAGGACAGCUCUCCACCAGCCAGACAAACAAUAAGGAAUCGCCACAUCUGAAGACCAUCAACAAAGACAACACAAGGCCAACAACUGUACACACAACCGCCAAAGAUCCAGCCUACGAGUGGCAAACAAACCUCAAACCUGUGAAAACGAGAAUGCAGAGUCAUCGAGCUUCGCCCAUCUCUGUUAUUGUUGACUGGCUCAGAGUUCAUCCGCUUGCUCUAGAUGCUGAAGCCUCUACCGAGCAACAUAAGCCUGGAUUCAUGUCCACAGCAUCCCCGAAUGUCUCCAUCAGUGCAACAAGGCCUCCCCCAGCUCCAACACCCGCAGCACCACCAGUUAGCUUUGCUCCGUUUGAUCCUGCACACUUCAGAGAAGUCACUCCCCAGAAACCUCAGCAUGACUCUGGAAACCUGGCUGUUAAACAUGGGAGUCACUCGCCUGUAAAAUCCCCACCAAGACAGCCAGCUGUAGAAUCUAUUAGCUCUUCAACCACUGCUCCAGCCGGUUACGGACAUCCGUCAGGUGCUAAAAAGGGAAAGUAUUUGUCACCCACCAACGCCUCCAGGACUGAAAUGAGGUCACCCUCUGUGAAGUCUCCUAAUGUCCUGGUGGAGCAGAUUGAGAGGGAGCUGAUUGAUAUUGAGACAAACCUGGCACAAUUGGAGAAGGAGGGUGUGGAGCUGGAGAAGAAACUCCGCAGUUGUGAGGAAGAGGGAGAGGGGGACAUACUGAUGGACCCACUGAUGGUUGACUGGUUCAACCUCAUUCGAAGGAAGCAGAUGUACAUUAGGAAGGAGUCAGAGCUUGUAUACAUAGCCAGGACGCAGGAGCUGGAACAGCAGCAGCCAGGUGUUGAAGGGGAACUUCGCAGGCUGCUGGAGAAGCCAGAUCAUUUAAAGUCCACAGAGGAGCAACAGCGGGAGAAGAAGUUGUUGCAGAGACUGAUGGAGAUUGUGGAUGGCAGAAAUGCAAUUGUGGAGGGUCUGGAUGAAGACAGGCUGAGGGAAGUGGAGGAGGAUCAGCAGUUGAAUGAAAUGAUGCAAAAUCUUGGAUUAAAGAAAGCCAAAAAACACAGGAAAUCCUCCAUUUCAAAACUGUUCAGACGAAGGAGUAAGAGACGAGUGGAAUAA